CACAGGCCUCAUGGCUCUCACCAUUAAUGCGUCAGCAGAGCAGAAAAAACUCACACAGACUCCUCUGCUCAAGAUCUGGGUGCCAUGGAUGGGCUGCAACUUGAACCGCAGGAGGGGAUCCUCGGUGCCUCAGUUCUGUAACUCUCCUACGAUGAUUGUGAUGGUGGGUCUGCCAGCCAGAGGGAAGACGUACAUCUCCAAGAAGCUCACUCGCUACCUGAACUGGAUUGGAGUUCCUACAAAAAUGUUUAAUGUGGGCCAGUACCGAAGGGAGGCUGUCAAGAUCUAUAAGAACUUUGAGUUCUUCAAACCUGAUAAUGAGGAGGCCAUGAGAAUCCGCAAGGCCUGUGCAUCAGCCGCUCUCAAAGACGUCACUACCUACUUCACAAAGGAGCAGGGACAAGUAGCCGUAUUUGAUGCUACCAACACCACCAGGGAGAGGAGGGCAGUUAUUAUGGCUUUUGCAAAGGAGAAAGGCUACAAGGUGUUCUUUGUGGAAUCAAUCUGUGAUGACCCAGAGAUCGUUGCAGAGAAUAUCAAGCAAGUCAAGUUUGGGAGUCCAGAUUAUGUGGAUCAUGACAUCAAUGAAGCCAUGGAUGACUUUGUCCAGCGCAUCGAGUGUUACAGGGCCAGUUACAUGCCUAUAGAUGAUGAAAGAGACAGGAAGCUCUCCUACAUCAAGAUCUUUGACGUGGGCAGUAGAUACCUGGUCAACCGGGUCCAGGACCACAUUCAGAGCAGGAUAGUAUACUACCUCAUGAACAUCCACGUCACACCAAGAUCAAUCUAUCUGAGCCGCCACGGAGAGAGUGAACUCAACCUUUUAGGUCGCAUUGGUGGAGAUUCAGGCCUCUCCCCUAGAGGACAGAAGUAUGCUAAUGCCUUGGCAGCCUUCAUCAAGGGUCAGAAUAUUAAAGACCUGAAGGUGUGGACCAGCCACAUGAAGAGGACCAUCCAGACGGCAGAGGCUCUGGGAGUCCAGUAUGAACAGUGGAAGGCUCUCAAUGAGAUAGAUGCUGGUGUAUGUGAGGAGCUAUCCUAUGAGGAGAUUCAGGAGAAUUUCCCAGAGGAGUUUGCACUGAGAGACCAGGACAAGUAUCGUUAUCGUUACCCCAAGGGUGAGUCCUAUGAGGACCUCGUCCAUCGUCUAGAGCCAGUCAUCAUGGAGCUGGAACGACAGGAAAAUGUUCUGGUCGUCUGCCAUCAAGCUAUAAUGCGCUGCCUGCUUGCCUACUUCUUAGACAAACCUGCAGAUGCAUUGCCUUAUCUAAGAUGCCCCCUUCACACAGUGCUAAAACUCACUCCAAUAGCCUACGGGUGUAAGAUUGAGUCAUUUUUCCUCAAUAUUGAAGCAGUCAACACUCACAGAGAGAGGCCAGCGAAUGUCGACAUCAACAGAAACCCGGACGAAGCUCUGCAGACUGUUCCUGACCACAUAUAAAUUAUGUUUUGUGAGAAAAGGACUGAUUCGCUUCACUAAAAAAACAGAGAUACAGUCCAGUUAGAGGUUGAUUGUGUGACAGCAGAAAUCAGGGGUACCUCAAAGCAGAAGGAAGACGGGAUGAUAGAAAUGGGAUUCAACCCUGCAGUGACUGGAAGGGACAUCAUAGCCUAUAACUGGUACUGGAGAUUCUGUUUUCAACAUGUAUGUGAAAUGUUUCUGUCUUAUCUGACUAGAAUUUGCUUUUCUCAGUAUUUUCAAAGUGUCACAUUGUUUACAAAUGAGGUUGGGAGAAGUAGUGCACUGUGUACUGAGACUGAGAGAAAAACACGUAAAAAGAUGUAGGGAGUUUGACAUUAUAACUUUGGACUUAAUGCACAUAUAACUGUUAUACAGAUAACAUCAUUUGUUGUUGACAAUCUAAUUAUUUGGGUGGGAAUCAGCACCAUGGACAGCACCCAGACAAACAAAACCGUUUUGUUGAAGAUUUGGACUGUAUUGUUUGUAAUGUAGAAAAGACGCCGAAAUUCAGGAGGUGUGAAUAAAAAA